CUUCUCCGUACUGAUUGGCUAAUUACCUGUCAGCGAGGGCUGUAAAUGGGCGGGGCGCCGCUGAUAAAAGUGGAGUCGAUCGAGGAGCUGUCAGACUCGCACAGACCGGGCAGCGGGAUGGCUGCAGCUUGGUUUCUCCUGCUUGUGAUCUCAACUGUCAGUGCCACUCUGUGCCCGGAUGGCAGCGCUUGUGGGGAGAAGAGUCUGUGCUGUGAGAGGCCAGGAGAGGAGAAGGGGUACAGCUGUUGCCCUGAGGCAGAGGUCGUGUCUCACUCGCUUCCCAUGAUGCUCUCCCAGACCUCCUGCUUUGGGCCCUCCAGUUGUCCUGAUGAAUAUUCCUGUGUGGAGACUCCUCAAGGGGGAAGCGCUUGUUGUCCAUUGACUGAGGGUAAAUCUUGCCAAGACGGCCAUCACUGCUGCUCCUCGGGUUCCUAUUGCUCAGACGACGGACACUACUGUAUCCCAGCCUCUAACCAGUCGGCCGUCGUCUGUCCGGAUGGAAGAUCUGAAUGUCCCGCUCUCACCAGCUGCUGCCUGAUGUCUGACAUGUCCUCCUGGGGGUGCUGCCCAAUGCCAGAGGCAGUUUGCUGUGAGGAUCACGUACAUUGCUGUCCUCAUGACUCUCAGUGUGACGUCACACAAGGCCGCUGUGUCUCCAGACAGGACCACGUCCCCUGGAUGAACAAACUCCCUGCCCGUGUGCGGUUGGUCGGCUUUGGAGAUGAAGAACGAUUGGUUCCUUGUCCUGAUGGCACUUCCUGUCCAGACGGCUCCACCUGCUGUGAAAAAGUUGACCACACGUAUGGCUGCUGCUCCAUCUUGUCUGCAGUCUGCUGCUCCGAUCAUCUUCACUGCUGCCCUGGUGGUACCACGUGUGACCUGGUCCAUAAGAAAUGUGUGUCCCGAAAUGGAGAGGGCCCCUUGUUGCGACAGAUGCCAGCUAUCCAGCAGGAUUCCAAUCUGGUUCCCUGUGAUGUCGCCACCACUUGCCCAAAUAACAACACCUGCUGCCGCCUGGCAUCUGGGAAGUGGGGCUGCUGCCCUAUAGAGAAGGCCGUGUGCUGCAAUGACCAUAAACACUGCUGUCCUGAAGGCUAUACCUGCAGCCUGGGCAAAUGCUCCAGAGAGGAACACUCCAUCCCUUGGCUCCUCAAAACUCCAGCUCUGACCCAUAAAGCCGGAGAUGUAAAGUGUGACGACAUGUACAGCUGCCCAGAUGGACAAACCUGCUGUCUCUUGGCAUCCGGGGACUGGGCGUGUUGCCCUAUAGCGCAGGCAGUGUGUUGUGAUGACCAUGAGCACUGCUGCCCCCCUGGAUACACCUGCUCUGAGGGAGACUGCCAGAAGGGGGCGCUCUCCAUCCCGUGGCUCAGCAAGACUCCAGCUCUGAAACAGGAGGCCGGAGAUGUAAAGUGUGACGACAUGUACAGCUGCCCAGAUGGACAAACCUGCUGUCUCUUGGCAUCCGGGGACUGGGGGUGUUGCCCUAUAGCGCAGGCAGUGUGUUGUGAUGACCAUGAGCACUGCUGCCCCCCUGGAUACACCUGCUCUGGAUCACAGUGUAUGAGUGGGGGGCUCUCCAUCCCCUGGCUCAGCAAGACUCCAUCUCUGAAACAAGAAGGUACCACAGUGAAAUGCGACGACUCUUUCUCCUGUAAUGACGGACAAACCUGCUGUCGCAUGCAGUCUGGGGUGUGGGGAUGCUGCCCUAUAGCGCAGGCCGUGUGCUGCUCGGAUCACUGGCACUGCUGCCCCCAGGGCUUUACCUGUGAUACACGUGGCACCUGUGUGCUGGGCCGGCUCAAUCUCCCGGGGCUCAUGAAGGUCCUGGCUCUGUCCUCUGAUGGCAACUGGUGUGACGAAAGCCACUCUUGCCCAUCUGGUACCACCUGUUGCCCUGGAGAAGGGGGAGGCUGGAGUUGUUGCCCACUGCAGGAGGCGGUUUGUUGCUCUGAUCAUCAGCACUGCUGUCCCACUGGCUACACCUGUAACUUGGCUGCUGGUACUUGUGACUUGCCCCCCCAAAAAGCUGCAAAGAUUUCCCCCAGUGGAACCUCAGCUCAGAGACUGGAUUAUGUCUGGUGUGAUGCUCAGACUUAUUGCUCUGAUGGACAGACGUGUUGUCGAGGACUUGGAGGCGCCUGGAACUGUUGUGUUUACACUUGGGGUGUGUGCUGCCCAGACAUGGUGCACUGCUGUCCCUAUGGAUACGUGUGUCUGCAACACGGAGCAUCAUGUGGCCGAUCAGGAAGCCCUCGCUGGGACGGAAAACUCUCUCCUCUCCUAUGAACGGACGAAGCAGUUGCACUCUAUUGUUACUUCUAAUGUCAUCCUUGUAAAACACUGGAAUAAAAUCAUGUUUUAUAUA